AUCUCUCAAAUCGAUUAAUACUUAUGUAUACAUACAUAUCUAGAUAAUUCAGCUUGUAUAUGUAAUAAAAGUAAAGUAAGCAAACUGGAUAUAGGUACAUACAUACGUAAAUAUAUUGACAUUCAUCAAACUACACGAACUUCCUUGUUUCUCUUAAACCGAACUGCAUAUGUAAAUACGUCCAUAAAUGUUAACGAACAUUUUGAUAAAAAUACGUGUAUUUAUUUACACAUAUGUAUCUCACUUACAUACAUAAUGCAUUUUUCAUAGAUUACUAAAUAAAACCGUUGCAGGAUGGUUAAUGUAGAAUUGAAAUAAUCUCUUAAAUUUCCAACGCAAAGUGUUAUGUACUUCUUUAUAUGUUAAAACACUAGGCACAAGGAUUAAUAAAAUAACAAUUUCAUACCGCCACGCCCCCAGGGGGAGUUUUAUUGCCAGCCCUCCCAAUUGAUGAGUUAGAUGAAAACUAUUGAUGGGGGUGUAUUCCACUUCCCUAUGUCGAAUUUCGACAAAAUGAUAUCAACAGUUUCGUCAUUUGAAAUGGAGGAGAAUAGCACCCAGUCAAAUAGUUUUUCACCUAACUGGUCAAGGGGGAGGUUGGGACAAAAACUCCUCCCCCGGGGGGCGUGGCGGUAUGAAAUUGUUAUUUUAUGAAUCUUUAUUCGAAUUUUGAGAGGGUAUUUCAGUUGUAGACUGUCGUGCUUUAACAGAAAUAAGUACAUCUUUGUAUUUACUUUAAGCUAUACAAAGGUGCAAAAAGAAAUACGGAACCGCACAAUAAAUUGUUUACCUCGCGAUAAGUAAAAAAAAUAGCACAUCAAAUAUAUCGAGCUUCAAAGUGGGUCAUCCAGUUCUUAGAAAUUAAGUGUUUACGAAAGAUAUCAGAAACUUAUUGACAUGAAUUCCACAAAUUUCUGUAUAUAAAGUCAGUUUGUAGUUAUAUUUUUUUUUGCUAAAAGGCAAAUUGCUGAUUCACAGUUUUCCAUCGAAAAACCAGUUCAUCGACAAUAAUGUCGUUGGGUGUGAGUCGGGCGCAAAUCUAUAAAUUCCUUCCUAAUUUUUCUCAAUCCGUUCAACAUUUCCUGGAACGUGACGGGAUGGAAGCGGUUAAAGAAUUAGGCAAUAUUAUAGUCCGUUAUAAACUCCAUUCACGCCUCGCCGUCUGCCUCGUUCAUACACAUUUUUCUCUCACUGAAUCUGAGAUUUUGGUCGAAGCUGAGGAAAUUGAGACGGGUGUCAAGAUAUCAUCACCCUGGAAAUUAGAAGACAAUAAAUUCAUCCCAUGGUCAACGACUAAUCGGACAAAAAUUCAUCAAACCAUGUGCAUUUUACCGAACACUUGGAUAUUCCAAGGGAACGGGGACCUCAACCCUAUUGAGUUUGAAGCAACGGAAAAUGAGAUAAACGACGAUUCAUUGUUUCCAAAAGAAUUCGUCUCGAGCUUGACUCGAUCAUAUCUCAUGUUAAAACAAUUUAGCGAUGUUUCGGUCCUUGGAAUACGUAAAUAUUCCAACAAAUCGAACCACUUUCGGUAUGAGACGUCACGAUUGGAAGAAAGGGCCAAUUGUACACAUAUUGUUUCCUCGAUGGACAAAAUCCCUGCAUCAAAAACAAUCCCUACAAUUUGGUAUUUUGAUGAUAAGUGUAUACCUUAUCCAGAUAUGUUCUGUGGAGCGUGCAGUAUUUAAUAUAGAUAAAAGCACAUUAUCUAAAUGUGUAGU